CUCCUUAACCAUAUUUUCCCACGAAUCCACCUCCAUCCAUAUCCAUAGCCAUAGGCGCUCAAGCUCUCUCUCUCUUUCUUUCUCUUGAAACAAACAGAUUCUAACAUGCCUCCAAGCUCACCCAACUUCUCCAGCUCUGUGAAGCUCAAGUAUGUCAAGCUUGGGUAUCAGUACCUUGUUAACCACAUUUUAACACUGACGCUCAUACCCAUCAUGGCUGCUGUAUUGAUAGAGGUUCUACGCAUGGGGCCGUUGGAAAUCUUGAACCUUUGGAGAUCCCUCAACUUUGAUCUCGUCCAAAUCCUCUGCUGCUCUUUCCUCAUCAUCUUCGUCGCCACCGUUUACUUCAAGUCAAAGCCACGGACAAUCUUUCUCGUGGAUUACGCCUGUUUCAAGCCCCCGAACACGUGUCGGGUGCCGUUUGCUACGUUCAUGGAACAUUCAAGGCUCAUCCUCAAAGAUAAACCUAAGAGCGUUGAGUUCCAAAUGAGAAUCCUUGAGCGGUCUGGCCUUGGCGAGGAAACUUGUUUGCCUCCCGCAAUCCAUUAUAUCCCGCCAACCCCAACCAUGGAGGCCGCGAGAGGUGAGGCUGAGCUCGUUAUUUUCUCGGCCAUGGAUUCCUUGCUCGAGAAGACGGGGCUCAAGCCUAAAGACAUCGAUAUCCUCAUCGUGAAUUGCAGUCUUUUCUCCCCUACACCUUCGUUAUCGGCCAUGGUGAUCAACAAGUAUAAGCUGAGAAGCAAUAUUAAGAGCUUUAACCUCUCUGGGAUGGGGUGCAGUGCCGGGCUUAUCUCCGUCGAUUUAGCUCGGGAUCUUCUUCAGGUUCAUCCCAAUUCAAAUGCUGUGAUCGUAAGCACAGAGAUCAUUACGCCCAACUAUUAUCAAGGAAAUGAGAGGGCUAUGCUUCUUCCUAACUGUCUUUUCCGAAUGGGCGGGGCUGCUAUUCUUCUAUCAAAUCGGACGUCGGAACGGCGGCGUGCCAAGUACAGAUUAGUACACGUCGUUCGAACCCACAAGGGAGCAGACGACAAAGCCUUCCGAUGUGUCUUUGAAGAAGAAGACAAAGAAGGAAACGUAGGGAUUUCACUGCAGAAAGAUCUCAUGGCCAUAGCCGGCGAGGCCUUGAAAUCAAACAUCACAACCAUUGGACCUCUUGUCCUUCCUGCUUCCGAGCAACUCCUUUUCCUUCUCACCCUCAUUGGCCGAAAAAUCUUCAAUCCUAAAUGGAAACCCUACAUCCCCGACUUCAAGCAGGCAUUCGAGCACUUCUGCAUCCACGCCGGUGGCCGUGCCGUCAUCGAUGAACUGCAGAAGAACCUUCAGCUCUCGGCGGAGCACGUGGAGGCCUCGAGGAUGACACUCCACCGGUUCGGGAACACGUCGUCGUCGUCGCUGUGGUACGAGCUGAGCUACAUAGAAUCAAAGGCGAGGAUGAGAAGGGGAGAUAGGGUUUGGCAGAUAGCGUUUGGGAGCGGAUUCAAGUGUAACAGUGCAGUGUGGAAAUGCAACAGAACCAUCAAAAGUCCGAGCGAUGGUCCUUGGGCUGAUUGCAUUGAUCGAUACCCAGUUUAUAUUCCUGAGGUUGUGAAGCUCUAGGCUAGCUACGUACACAGAUCGCGAUGGAUAAUGGUGAUGAUGAUUUGCGCAUGAUCUUCGGUUCAAGUACUCAUUUUGCAUAACAGGGCUCUGGAUUUUGCAUUUAUAUAUGUAUGCCAUCAGUACUACAACUGGUUUCUCUGAUCAGAACAUGUCACUAUAUCUACUCCGCUCUCUUUUCCUUUUUUUCUUCUAUAUAUAUAUAUAUAUAUAUAUAUAUAUAUAUAUAUAUAUGUAUUUAUUAAUGUCUAUUUGCAUAGAUACUCGAUGUCUUGAUCUUCCAUGUAAGGAAAAUACAUCGAAAAAAUUAGAAUAUUGUCAAUGUCGGGGGUUCGAUACAGAAAAGGGGGUUUUUAGGUCUUGUAAUAAGCAUAAAUUGAUGAUGGGAAAUGCUACAAUUUAGCAUGUGUAAGAUUUCCACUUUGAUUGAAAAAUAAAGUUCCACUUAAUUUGCCGUUUCCA